AUGCCGGCCGUCCUCCUCCCGCGCGCCCCCAGCGCGGCCAUGCGGCCGUCCGCGACCGCGCGAGCGGCCGCGCGCGCGCCGCUCGCCGUGCGCGCCCUGCCGCCGCUGCGGAAGGCGCCCGCCCCGCGCACCCUGGUCACCGCCCGCGCCGAGGCCGAGGCGCCCGCGGCCCGUCCCGGGUACAUCAACGUCCAGGAGCAGCUCGAGUUCGGCAAGUUUCGGCUCGGUGGCAUUGCCCUGCCCGUGGGGCUCACGCUGAUGGUGUACGGGUUCGGCGCGUACUUCCAGAUCCUCCCGGGCACGGACUUCUCCCCGCUGAUGCUCGUGUACGGUUUCCCGAUCUCCGUCAUCGGCGCCGCGCUCAACUACGCCGAGCUGAAGCCGGUCACCUGCUUCGCUCAGCCCGAGGCCCUCGAGGCGCGCGACAGCCAGGCCACGGCCAUCCAGAAGCAGGUGCGCGAGGACUGCACGCGGUACCGCUACGGUGACGAACAGCACCUGGACGAGGCCCUGCCGCGCAUCUUCAUGAUCGGGCGCCCCGGCGGCAUCCGCCGGCCGCAGACGCCCAAGCUGACGGGCCUGCGGGAGGAGAUGCGCGAGGGCAAGUACACGCUGGUGAUGGAGUUCGACUCGCCGGACCUGGAGUUCGAGGAGUGGACGAAGCGCGAGGACAAGAUGACGUCGUUCUUCGGGCCGAACAUCAAGGCCUUCGUCGAGCAGGGCGAGAGCACCACCGACGUCGCGCUCGUGCGCACGGACUGA